AUUAUUAAUAUCUGACAUAUUUUUCCUACGUUAUCAGUAAUAUGAAUAAUAAUUUGGGUAUUAAAUUUGCCGACAUAAUAAAUGGAAUUGAUGAAGGCCAUUUAUCUACUAUACGACAUGCAGCAGAAAUGUCGCAUUUCAUUUCAGAAAGGACUACUGAAAGAGACAAAAGCACAAAUAAUGAUAGUGAUAGUGAGAGCAGCGCUAAUGUAAAGAACGACGUUAAUAAAGUCGAUAAAAAUGAGUUAAAUAAAAGGAAAAUGCGAACUCCAACAAAUGACACAGAAGUAACAAGUAUUUCUAACAGCUUGCAGAAUUUAGAUUUCAAAACAAUUAAAUCCAGCAUUAUGUUGCGAGAAGCUGAAGCGCAGCGUAAACGCACCGUACGACGGGAAAUUUUGGAAAUGCAAGAACGUCACACAUCUUUAAUACGUCAACAACUAGAGCCUCUACAACAACAAAAUCAAGAAGAACACCGUAAGUGGUUAGAGCGAAAAAGACGCGGUGAUUCGCAAAUUUUGGAAAUGGCCGAACAACAAUCUUCAAAGGAACAGCAAGAGCAUGACCGUCAGUUAGAAACAUUACGAAAACAAACUCAGCGUCAACUGCAGUUAAUUUCCUUUCAGGGUAUUUCACAAUACCAAUUAAGUUUUCGUUCCAAAUAUGAGACUAUUGCUCAACUACUUAUGUCUUUAGACAAGCAAGCCCUAUUAUCGUGUGCCGAAUAUAAUCGCAAGCUGAGAGAGCUGACACAAAUGUUUGAACAACUAAUAGGUAGAAUUAAAUCUGGAGAUUGUGGUCCUACUGAAUUAAAAACUGCUGAAAAUCUUUGCAAGUCGCUGGAGGCCUUGGAAGGCAGCAUAAUAGAAGCUUGCCGACAAGAGCAAAAUAAACAGACUGAACAAAAACAAAGGGAACAAGAGCAGCAACAAUUACAGAAAGAUGAAGAAAACAAAGCAUUUGCUAUUUCACAAAGUGCUAAGAGAGAAGAGUUAGUGAAACUAGAACAGCAACCGCAAGCUCAACAACAACAAACACCGGAACCAUCGCAAGAACCAAAGCCGUCCAGUACUAAUACCGCGGAAUCUCCAGUGACAUCGACGGAUCCGCUAAAUAGCUCCCCAAAAAAACUCGUUCGUUCAGGGCGUCUAGAGUUUUACGCAAAAAUCAAUAAUUUUUAUUUAGAAAAAGUGGAGAAGGUAAAAGUUUUGCAAUCCGACGAGUCCAUGAAAAAGUACCGUAGUGACUGUCAAAAAUCGAUCAAUAUUCCCGUGAAUUCCAUAUCUGCUGUGAGUCAACAACACAUUAGAGAUAAAUUCGACAAAUUAUUUUCAUUUAUUAUGGCUCAAAGUAAUUCAAAUUUGGGUUACGAUUACUGCCUAUUGUUAAUGGCUAAGAAGUUUGUUGGUCAAGGAGAAACCACGGUAUCCAGUAACCCGAACGCAGCUUUUCCGAUCGCUUCGGUGAUAGUUUCUUUAUGGAAACAGAUUCCAGAAUUUGGACAAUUAUUUUUAGCGUACAUCUACAAGGAAUCGCCUUUUCUGGUGCCUUGUUUUGUACCACAAAAGAAGGGGCAGUCUUGGGAAGAAUAUGCUAAGACUUUGGGUUAUCGUUUCACAGAAGGCCAAAUGGAACAGCAAGAUAUGUUUUUGAAAAGACAAGCUGGAAUCGCUAGAUUAUAUGCUGCUGUCAUGAUUACCAGCGGACGUAAGCAAGAUGGUCCAUCUCAUCCUUACAGCUUGGACAACGCUUGGCGUUGGCUGACAAACUUUGUUGAUUUGGACCCCUUCCCUGAUAUAUGUGCUACUUUAAUGAUGGAAAUUUUACAAAUUGUAGGAAACGAUUUGUGGCUUACUUAUGGUAAACAAUUUGUAAAACUUUUAGUUUACAUACAGUAUAAUUACUUUCCCAAAUUAACGGCCAUGGAGAAAGACGGCGGCCCUAAGGCGCGUCUGGAAUUGUUAUUGAGAAAAUUUUUAACUGAGGGAAAGGUGUCGCGACCGUCAGGUAUUUUGCCCGCCGACUUCUGGUAAUGUAAUUUGAGCAGA